AUGUCCACAUGGCGCGUCAAAGGAUUCGUCCAAGACUCGGAUGAAGAAGAGGAGGAUAUCGAGUCAUCGACCGCGAGCUCCAUUCAAAACACCCGACAUUCAAUCGAUGUGCGCGAUGGCAAUGCCAGUACGGGAUCAGAUCACGGCGAGGGCCGGCUUAAAGCAACUUCCAAGAGAACGCUUUCCAGGAUACCAUAUGGCCCGAACGAUGGACCGACAUCCCCGCCCGAUGAGCUACAUCACGAAGGGCAGCCCAUAUACGAUGCACCGACCGCGGUGACACAGGCGGUGGAGGCCAGUCCUCGAACUCAGCCCGUGACGCCUCCAGUAGUCUCAACCACCAACUUUGAUAUCGAAGCGCAGACCGAGAGUCCUGAUCCACUUUUGGGCUCACCCACCCCAAACGCGAAGCGUGUUUACAAGCCUUCGUAUUCAUCUCAGAUUCUUGGGAUGCCCAGUAUCUUGCAGUCGACUGAGGAAUCAAAUCACAGCAAAGUCGACGAUGGCAACAUGCAACAUGUGUUGCUGCUGGACUUUUCCGAGGAUAGCGAACUUUCUGAUCCUCCUUCUGACUUCGACGAACUGCAUCCGCAAGAGAACGGGCCUAUUUCACCAAAGCCGAGGGCAACGGAGCAUUUCGAUCUGAAUGAAAUUCUUCCAGGUUACGAUGAACUGGUUCCGCAAGAGACAAUCUUUGCCUCACCAACGCGUAGGGCCACGGUACAAGUUGUGAUUCCGCGCUCUACGGAACGAGAACACCAACCCAAAGUGUUCGAUCGAUAUGUCGAACGAUCUUUCAGACAAAGAAAGCCAAUUCAGAUGCAUCCAUAUCUGCUGGAGGGUGAAAGAUAUCGUCGGAAUUUGCAGGGUAGGGGGGUGAAGCCAGUGCUUAGGCUGUUGUCGCCACCGCAGAAGUCGCGUGACAACGGCCAGGAAUCGCAGGAACAGGAGUUCGAUCCUGAUAGAGGUUUGGCGCCAAAUAGUUCUCCUGAGAUACUUGUGUCUACUCCCAUUGUUCGACGACGCACCGAAGGCGACCAAGUGACCUCAGGUCAACGAAAGCUAGCUCGGCCGCAUCAGCUGACGUUUGCUUCUACAACCCACAGCAGCGCGAAGAAGAGAAGACGGGGCCAGCCGCCACGCCCGUCUGCAGCGACUCCGCAAGAGCCGAUCGUUGACGGCAACUCAUCCAUUACUGACAUGUGGACUGUGCCCCAAUCGCCUCCGUAUUCAAGCAGCCCUCCGAUCAAUCGGUCCCGGUCCACAGUUCAUCGAGCAGCCAAGAUGUCGACCAAUCUACCUGUUGCUGAUUUACCUACGCCUUCAAAUUCGUCUAGUCUGCCUGCCGCACCCGAUAUAGAGUCCGAUGAGGAGUUGGUUGCUCGCAGCAUGCCACGUUUAGGUCAACGAGCGCAUGAACCCAUCGGAAUUUCGAGCGCCAGUUCAUCGUCAGAUGCUGAAGUUUCAGAGGACGAAGCUCAAGCGAGUGACCGUGAAAUACAAAAGGUGGGAAAGAGAAUAAGAGGCGUUCUUCCCGCAUCCUGGCUCCGUCUCGAUCUCCAGGCGCAAGAAAAGCGCGAUAAACAGAGAAAAGAGCGACUGUGUGCACUUCAUUCCCCGGGACAAGCGGAGCCUCAACGCGGUGUCGCCCAGAAAGUCGUCAGACGCCAGGCCACACCCUCGAGGUUAGGAAGUCCAGAUGCAUCUAAUAACCACGUCAUCGAACUCUCGGAUGAGUCUGACGGAGACGUCGAUACCCCUGCUCCUCAAACGAGGAACGGCCAAGAAUCAGCCCACGCGGCUUUUCAAACAGCUGCUGUGUUUGAUCACCGAUAUGCAGAUGACGACUCAGAUACCAUGGAGAACGACCGCUUGCAUCUGUUCACCCUUGGCGGAGGCAAGAAACGAAAGAAACAGUCGAAGCUGACGGAUGUGUUCGCAGCAUCGAAGCGAAGAAAACCUGCAAGUGAAGGUAAUAAGUUUGGUAAAGCAUCCUCCGAACAGCACACAGCUUCACGACGGGCGCGACGAACGCCGCCACCUGCUCUCAGUAUCCUGGAUGUUGACCAGUCGCCUUCCAAACGUCAAGCAGUACCAUCUUUCUUACGGAUCGCAAGGCGACAAGCUCGCCGAAGACCAGAUUAUGCUCGCCAGUUGCCAACUCACAAAUACAUCAGGCUGCAUACUGCGCAGGACACACAUGAUGCCAAUUCUACUCUACGAGAAUGGAGACGCAGUGCUAUAAGGCCGAAGACCAAUGUUGCACAGUCCAGGCGUGGGCCGAUACCACGCAGACCCCUUAGUGAUCUAGACCAAAAUCAACAGUCGACGCCCGGGAACACCGACAUGGUUCUGGGGUCUAAAAGGCAGUCACUGGCGAUGAGGCAGGAGUCAAGCUCUGCGAGAUGUCGAGCGGUUGCAUCCGGGCCCUCGGACAUCCGCGAAGAAGAAGGUAGCCGUCGAAGACAUAUGGGUGAGCAAGAUGCAUCUGCCUCAUCCCGAAAGAAGCAGUUAUACCAUAACAGGCCACGCUUUCUCCCCUUCAGAAAUGCUCAAUUGGAGGGUCCCGAAACAGAUCAAGGGCCCGACAACCGCAAGGUUGCCUUCAAUAGAGGUUUGCAAAAUGUCGCUCGGCUAUUCGAUCUUCAGCAACCAUUCCUUGGACAUUCUCGAAAUCAUCAGUUAACUCGCUUUCUUGCUGACGACGACAUCACAAUCUCGCCUUUGCCAACAGCAGAAGAUGUAGACAAGCACGUUUCAAAACUCCAGACACCAAAGCCGCCCGGUUCCAAGAAACGUCUCGUUCGAAAACCUUGUGCGCAGCGUGUCGAUAUUGAAACCAGACAGUAUCGUCAACCCAGUGAGCCAGUGGUGGAGGACUACCUCAAAAGCGUGCCGAAUCCGCCUGCCCUCGAUUUAAGGCCUGUCCAAGCAGAUCGACCGUCACUCCAGGGUCUCGGUCCACGUGGCACUCGGUAUCCUACUACCUUUGAUACUCUGCCUUUGCAGGAUGGUACAUAUUUUCAUGUGUCUACCUUCGUUGGUUCCGGCGCGUUGCAUCGAGCGUUGGGUGUCAAUAAGAGCAAUGGAAGAAACAUGGAUGAAGCAGCAGGUUAUUGCAACCUCGAUUUUCUCGAAAUGUCUAUCAGGUGUGGUCCCUGGGAGGAAAGUCUAGUCGCGCGCCUCACAGAUCUCACGAACGACAUAUGGAAUGCUGUCACUAGCCAGAGUGCGAUCGAUGACCAUUUGGUAUUUCAAAGGAGUGGUUUCGACAGCGCCUCCAACAUCAUCCGGUCUCUUGUUGACUACGUUUCUACGCAUCUUAGCUUCCACGAUCCUAUCGACCGAAAUUCCUUCGUCAUCAAAAUGGAACAAUGGAUUACGUCGAUGUUCGAGAGUAUUAUGUCGAGCAGCCUUGCAGAUGCGAAAUCAUAUCAGCUAGUGAAAGCCAAGCCGAUGGCACUCCUACUAGUUCUUACACUACAGGUUCACAAGGUUACACAACAUCCCGCCGUGGAUCAACCGGCCAGAUCGGACCUCACUGCGCUGAUAACAAGUAUCGGCAAAAGUCUUGUGGGAUUUUUACUGGAUCACGUGUCAGAGCUCAAUGAUUUCCUGGAAACCAACAAGCGGUACAAAGUGCGUGAGAAUGGCAUACAAGAUUCUGAUGUGAUCGUCGAGAGCAUCGUCAUUUGUAUGCAUGCGCUUUCGGAGGCAAGUAUACCAGGAACUACAUUUUGGGAACUUGUGAGCCUGUCACUGUCACCAGCGGCCAAGAGAGCAACUCAUCUGAUGGAAUUUGAAUCUGUGUGGGGUACUAUGUUCACUCUGCUACCCUUCCUUGAAUUCAACGAUCUUGGAAUACCUACACGAAGCCGACGAACAUCAUUUAGAGGAGACAACUGGAUGGCUAUCAGGGUCCUGCUGCAACGAACGUUCGCGUUGUACCCUGAGACGUUGAAGGUGGACAAUGCUUCUCUAGACGACUACAUCCGUGCGAUCAUGACAAGAUGCCACGAAAUCAUCCAUUCUUGGCACUGGAAUCGCUGCGAGCCGGUCUUGUACGCCAUGUUUGAUUUCUUCGUAGCCAAUAACAGACUGAAACAUUUACGAAAAGAACAGUCGAACGGUCCGGCAGUGUUUCUCGAGCAGGUCGACGAUGGAUCUUUCCGCCGCAUUGAAUCAAAUGCGAGAUCUUUUCAUAUCUUCCUCAAGUGCUUGUAUAUUGGUAUUCAAGGCAUGCAGAACUGCUAUGCAGAGAAGAAGCUUCGCAGCGUUGUUUUACGUCUGAUACCAAACCAUGGACGAAGCCAUCCCAAGGAUCAGCCACUGGAAGUUGAGAGUUUGGAAGCGUUGGAGAAUCAUCACGACAUACUCUGCACGCUUUACCGAGCUUCUCCGCUACCAUGUCGGCCCAAGUUAGACUUAAUCAAGAACUUAGUACACCAUGAAAACUCGCAUCGAGAGGCCUGUCGUAUAGGUAUCCGUGCCUGGGCGAACUUGGCAAAAUUCCAGCUCUCAACCAGCGAGCCGUACAUUUCCCUUCAGCCGCUCGCUGAAUGGCACCGGGAGAUCAUGACGCAAACGUUAAAGCAAUACCGGCUAGCAAAGACGGAAGCGGAGGAAUACCUCAACUCUGGUGCCCGCAACAAAUCAGAAGCUACCUCGCUGAUGGUUAAACAAACAAUGGAGAAAAACCAAGAUCAAGUGAUUGCAGCACUGAGAGACUGUAUUGCAGGGCUGCGAAAGGCUAUUGGCGUCCGCGAUAGUCAAAUCCUACUCAAAGAAUUCCUCAUGGAUGCUGGCCUGAUUCAAUUGCUCGAGCUUCCGCAUCUCCAGGAUCGGCGUCUGGUAGUCGUGAUCCGGGACGCUCUUGGUGUGCUCCGAAUGUUUGCAGGACUUCCUCGCCAACGACCUUGCGAAAAUGUUGUUUCUGAGCAAGACGAAGAAAGUCAAGACUACGGUGACUCCUUUGAUCUUGCUGACUUCAUGGAGGUAGACUCCGAAGUGCAUCAACCUGACAAUUUCCUCCAGAACCCACUGUGGCAUUUACUUUCCAAUGCUUUCGGCGCUGAGGCUUCGCCGGACGACAACAUUCUCAUGGACUGCAUUGAUACCUGGUGUCUCAUCGCCCGUUCUCAAGUCGUGCUAGGAGUUCGCUCGUGGACAUACUAUCUGGAUCAGUUCAGCCAAGUAUCGUGGCAGCAACUUCGGCGUACAGAACAAACGCAGAAGUUCCGCCCUUACUUCAUGGCUUCAAUCCUGGGAUGUGAUUCGAAUGCCUAUUCUCAACAUCGCCUUGAUUUUUUGAACGCAUUGCUGGUGUCACUAGUGGACCGGGAGUCUAUGCUGAGGUUUCAAUAUCGGCUGCUCAGCGCCAUCGUUUGUGCCGUUCCCGACGAACCGCUCCUCAAGAAUUUACCGUUUUACAAGGAGAACGAAAACGGUUCGCUCGAUGUAAAUGCUGAUACUGUGCGGACGCGGAGACUUGCGUUGAUAUCUAGCAUUCUGGCCAACAUGCGCGACGACCUCCAUAAUGCUAUUCACGAGGGUGUGGGACGUAUCGCAGAAGUAAAGGGCAGUUACGCUGCCAUAUUGAAAGACUUCAUGAAUGCUAUGAAGAACAACUACCAUCAGCUUGGCUCCGGCACAAUUGUGACUGGCGCAUAUGUGCAAUUUGUUCAGAAGGUCGUUCAGUUCCUCCAACAGUAUACGGCCGAUAUACAUCCAGUGCUCGACUUCUUCACCAAUUCAGUUGCAUUUCCGCUUCCAGCAGCUGAUCCGACAUACGUGGUGGGCCGUCUGUGUGGUUACGCACCUAAACUCUCCCAGCCGGGCAUUUCGAAACAACUUUCAGUCUUCGUCCAAACAGUGGCACAGCAAGCCGCCACUGGAGGUCAUCAACCAUACCUGGUCCACCAAUUACAGACCGCUCUUUGCACGGACGAGGCGCCUCCGAAGGAUCGAGACGCCUUAAGAGAUGCGCUUCUACAAGGCAUUUUCCCGGCGUACAUUGAGGCCGCCUUCACCUCUGCCAUUGGCUUCGUUAUUGCACAGCCAAUUAUCCAGUCUCUGGUUCCAAUCAUCGAAGCAAUGCGCUUCAAUACCAGGAUCUUCGAUGACGCCAAUGUACGAGCAAUUUGCGACUGUUUGCUAUCAGUCUCGCACGCGUUCAUUCGAGGCACUGAGCAGCUGAAAGACAACGACGAUAGAUUAAGACAGCCGCAUGUCCUCCAAGCCCUUGCUCUUAUGUUUCAAGUCGUCGUCCCAACUGUCGCGCUACUAGAAUACAUUUGUGGCAGAUCCGCAGAAUUGUUAGCGAAGUCCUUGGUCGUUGAAUAUUUCGAGAGCCUUGCUCUUUUCGUCGGCGAGACGUUGCACGACUUGACGCCACAGACGAACCCAUUGUACGGCAGCGAUACGAGCAAUCCUCUGACAAAACACACUAAACUGCUCCCCUUCUCUAUAGACGGGUUACAAUCUGGCAUUGAUGCAAAUUGGAGCGCCGGCGGGCAAUGCAUAUAUUUCGGACAAGGGCACGCAAAGCGUGAGGUUUUAGUGGACUGGAGUACAGUGGAGGAGGCAAAGACGAACCUCAUCACAUGGAUUGAGGAAUUUCUUGCUUGUGUUUCGGCACAGACUGAUGACGCACGAUAUGAUGAGUCUCGCGAAAGAGAGGCAUAUGUAGCCGAGCUUGACGUGUAG